AUGAGCGCUUGCACGCUGACGUCAUCACUGUCUCCUUCUCUUUCUUUCCCUCGGCGUCGGUCCAUAAAGCCGUCCUUGCCCUCAAAAAAAAUUUGAGGGCAAUGUUUACAAAUCGUAUGAGAAUUCGAUGAGGUUAUGUUUUUGAUGCAAGCCUCUAUUGCACUUUAGAAAAUUCCUCGCGCGCGAAUAAAAUCGAAUUUUCCAGUCGUCUGACACCACAAAAAAAAAAAAAAAUCGAAUUUUACUAGUGAAAAGCGGUGCAUAAUGGACGGUAUCAAUGAGUACGAUUCAUUCAUCUCGAUACACAAGCCGCAGCUACAAGCGUCGGGUGUUCCGGAGCACUUCUGGCCGCAGUUGUUCCGCAAGUUGAAACACCAGGAGUUCGAUGCCGGGAGCAGUUUUUCGCUGUUGUUGGUGGACUACGGGGAGGAGCAGCGGUCCGAGGCGGAUCCCAUUUGGACGGUGGCCGUCUGCAAGGAGGGGGGCAUACGGGCGGAUGAUCCGACGGAGAUCUACUUGGUGGAUCACGCGUGGACCUUCCGGACAGAUAAUGCGAGGCAGUUGUUGAAUGAGCAUCCUCCGCUUGUUAACCGGUUGGCGAUCAUGAUGGGAAUCGAUCAGGAGGAUGUUCCGGCUUCGGUUGUGAUUUCGAAAAUUAUGAACGACGUUUGGAAGUGGUGCAAUAUGUACUCGUUGAACGGAGAGGGACUCACGGUGGAGAACCGGAUGCCGAUUUGGUACGUGAUGGACGAGCUCGGCAGUGGAAUUCUGCAUAGUAACACCCCGAACUGCAGGGUGGUUCCGUUCAUCCAUGUCACGGAACAGAUGACGUACAGUUUGCUGUUUCCGCUGGAGGACUUGGACGAAGGAGAUCAGCUUUACAGGGAUUUUGUUGAAGGAGUUCCCAGCGAUAGCAAGGAACGGGAUGCGUUAUUAUUGCCUUGGCAGUAUACUUGCAUGGAGGAGGAAAGCUUUGCUCAGAAGGAAGCACCCAAGGAAUAUUUCCUGACGGGGCAUAUAGAGGAAUCGCUCCCUGACCCGGACGUAGCUCCACCGCUGUUCGAUGGGAACAGCGCGCUGAAGGUUUACUCCGAGUACGACAUGGUCAACCGAUACCUCACGGAUCCGGGAUUCGAAAUCGUGACGAGCCCGGAAGAAGCUGACAUCCUCUGGUUGACGUCUCAUUUCAAGCAGUACAAAGAGUUCAGUGAGACCACCCCGAACAAAUACGUGAAUCAGUUCCCCUUCGAGAAUGUUCUCACCAUCAAAGAUCUGCUCAGCAUUGUGUGCCGACGCAUGGCCAAGGAAUCAUCGGAAGAUCCCCUAGAGCCCAAUCCCAAAUGGCUUCCAGUGACGUACAAUCUGAAAACUGAACUGGUAGAGUUCGUCAGCUACUUCCAGAACCGGGCGCACCGCGGUCUAGACAAUCACUACAUCGUGAAGCCUUGGAACUUGGCCCGCGGCUUAGACACCUACAUCACCAAGAACGUGGCCCAGAUUAUGCGCCUCCAGCAAACCGGCCCCAAAAUCGUCCAAAAAUACAUCGAAAAUCCGGUCCUGUUCGAGCGGCCUGAAGUGGAAGGCCGGGUCAAGUUUGACAUCCGGUACGUGAUCCUCCUGAAAAGCGUCGACGAACUGUCCGCUUACGCCUACACGAACUUUUUCCUGCGUUUCGCCAACAAACCGUUUGAGCUGGCCGAUUUCGACGACUACGAGAAGCACUUCACCGUGAUGAAUUACUCGCCGGAGUUCCAGCUGCGGCAUAUGAAGUGCCAGGAGUUCCUAGACCAGUGGAAAAUCCAAUACCCGAAGCACCCGUGGGAUCAAAUCGAAGCGGACAUCUGCCAGAUGCUGAAGGAGGUACUCCAGGGGGCUACCAAGGUCGGUCCGCCGUGUGGCAUCGGGGCCAGUGCCCAAUCGAGGGCCCUCUACGCCGUCGAUCUGAUGCUGGAGUGGACCGAGGGUGGAACCCGGAUGCAGCCGAAGAUUCUGGAGGUGAACUUUACGCCGGAUUGCAAGCGGGCAUGUGAGUAUUAUCCGGACUUUUACAACGACGUGUUUAAUCUGCUCUUUCUGGAUCAGGAGAAUGUGGACGUGUUUAGGAGGAUUGUUUGAUAAAAUGGGUGGGGAAUGGCGAAAGAUGAUGAUACAUGUUUAAGAACUAUUUGAAGCAGA